AUGGGUAGUGCAGCAGCCAAAACCAAAACAUUUCCCAAAUGCGAGACUUCUGUGUACAUAUGGUUUCUGCAGGUUGUAACAGUUCUGGGUCUCACCUCUUUAGCCAUAUGGGCCAGCAUAACCCCCAAGACUCCCACUUUCGCCAUCUCCAAUUUGGAUCUCAAGCCGCAUCAAAACGACACCGCUUUUGCCAGAAGCAGCUCUGUUGUAGCCUUGAACAUGACGGUCUCAAAUCCCAACAGAAUGGCUGGGAUCUUCUUUGACGAGAUUAAUGUAACCGUGCGUUGCAAAAACGACAGCGUUGGGGCGAAGUCGGUCCCGGGGUUUUAUUUGGGCCACGAGAGCAGCGAUUGGAAAGAGGUUGAGAUGAGUGUGAAUUGUGGUGCUGCUGAUGGGAGAGUGGAUCUGAGGGUUGGGUUGGAGACGAGGGUUAGAUAUAAGAUUUUGAGGUUCAAGUCGAGGAAUCGUCGGUUGGUUUUUGAGGAUUGUGUGGAAAAUGAUUGGUUGGGGCGAUAUAAGAUUAUCAUCGGGAUUGCUCGAGGAAUGUUAUAUCUACAUGAAGAUUCCCGACUUCGAAUCAUUCAUCGUGAUCGAAAAGCUAGUAACAUCUUAUUAGAUGAAGAUAUGAAUCCAAAGAUUUCAGAUUUUGGAAUAGCAAAAAUUAUCCAAGUUGACCAGACUCAGGGGAAAUACAAGUCAUUUUUUAGUUCCUUAUAUGUAUUUGGUUGCUUGUGUUUUAGCGGUUACAUGUCUCUGGAAUAUGCCAUGCAAGGAAAUUUUUCUAUGAAAUCUGAUGUAUAUAGCUUUGGAGUAUUAGUGUUGGAGAUUAUAAGCCGCAAGAAAAAUAGCACAUUUUACGUGUCAGGUCUUGCCGAAGAUAUCUUGACCUAUCUAAGUCAAAGAGCUUGGAAACUAUGGAAGGACGAAACACCCUUAGAACUAUUGGACUCAAGUUUGAAAGAUAGUUGCUCAAGAAGUAAGGUGCUUAGAUGCAUCCAUGUUGUUUUACUUUGUGUUCAGGAAGAUCCUAGUUGCAGACCAUCUAUUACAUCUGUUGUUCUUAUGUUUAAUAGUUAUUCUAUUACUUUGCCCUUGCCUAAAGAUCCACCGUUCUUUAGGCGCAUUAGAGACAAUGACAUUGUAGUAAAUAAUGGUAAUUCAGGUGCCAAAAGAAUGUCUAUGACUAAGUUGCACCCACAACGAAGUGUCUUGUUGGUCUCAAUAUUUUUUUUUAGUAGAUUGAAUGUGGGUAUGGGAUUUUGA